GAAGGGGAAGAAAUUCGCGGGAUUUGCUGCAGUUUUUGUUGGUUCUCGUGAGAAGCUGAGGAGCUGCAUCCACCAGCUGCACACUUUGAAGCCGCUCAAAGUUUCUGCUUUUCGUCUGCCUUCUUCACAGGAGUUUCCUUUUCACCAUGAUGUUUGUGAUUAAAAGAGAUGGACGCCAGGAGCGCGUCAUGUUCGAUAAAAUCACCUCCCGUAUCCAGAAGCUCUGCUACGGUCUGAAUGCAGACUUCGUGGAUCCGGCCCAGAUCACCAUGAAGGUGAUCCAGGGUUUGUACAGCGGCGUCACCACCGUGGAGCUAGACACGCUAGCAGCGGAGAUCGCGGCCACCCUGACGACCAAGCACCCGGACUACGCCAUCCUCGCCGCCAGGAUUGCCGUCUCCAACCUUCACAAGGAGACCAAGAAAGUAUUCAGCGAAGUGAUGGAAGACCUGUACAACUACGUCAACCCUCUGAACAAAUGCCACUCCCCCAUGAUCUCCAAGCAGACCCUCGACAUCGUUCUGGAGAACAAAGACCGCCUCAAUUCCUCCAUCAUUUAUGACAGAGAUUUUUCCUACAACUUCUUUGGCUUCAAAACCCUGGAGCGCUCCUAUCUGCUGAAGAUCAACGGGAAAGUGGCCGAGCGCCCGCAGCACAUGCUCAUGAGGGUGUCGGUCGGUAUCCACGGAAAAGACAUUGACGCCGCCAUUGAGACCUACAACCUGCUGUCGGAGAAGUGGUUCACCCACGCCUCGCCAACCCUCUUCAACGCCGGGACCAACCGGGCGCAGCUGUCCAGCUGCUUCCUGCUCGCCAUGAAGGAUGACAGCAUCGAGGGCAUCUACGACACCCUGAAGCAGUGCGCCCUCAUUUCCAAAUCCGCUGGCGGGAUCGGCGUGGCGGUGAGCUGCAUCAGAUCGACUGGGAGCUACAUCGCUGGCACUAACGGCAACUCCAAUGGGCUGGUCCCGAUGCUGCGGGUUUACAACAACACCGCCCGCUAUGUUGACCAGGGUGGCAACAAGCGACCGGGAGCCUUCGCCAUGUACCUGGAGCCGUGGCACUUUGAUGUGUUCGACUUCCUGGAGCUGAAGAAGAACACAGGAAAGGAGGAGCAGAGAGCCAGAGACCUAUUCUACGCCAUGUGGAUCCCUGACCUGUUCAUGAAGAGAGUGGAGAGCAACCAGGACUGGUCCCUGAUGUGUCCCAACGAGUGUCCCGGGCUGGACGAGUGCUGGGGGGAGGAGUUUGAGAAGCUCUACACUAAAUAUGAAAAGGAAGGGAGGGUGAAGAAGGUGGUGAAGGCUCAGCAGGUUUGGUACGCCAUCAUCGAGUCUCAGACGGAAACCGGGACGCCCUACAUGCUUUACAAGGACGCCUGCAACAGGAAGAGCAACCAGCAGAACCUGGGCACCAUCAAGUGCAGCAACCUCUGCACGGAGAUCGUGGAGUACACCAGCAAGGACGAGGUGGCGGUCUGUAACCUGGCCUCCAUCGCCCUCAACAUGUACGUCACGCCUGAGCGGACUUUCGACUUUAAGAAGCUGGCCUCGGUCACCAAGGUGAUCGUGAAGAACCUGAACAAGAUCAUUGAGAUCAACUACUACCCCGUACCCGAAGCAGAGAGGUCCAACAAACGCCACCGGCCCAUCGGGAUCGGAGUCCAGGGUUUGGCAGACGCCUUCAUCCUGAUGCGUUACCCGUUCGAAAGCCCAGAAGCUCAACUGCUCAACAUCCACAUCUUCGAGACCAUCUACUACGCCGCCCUGGAGGCCAGCUGCGAACUGGCGGCAGAGCUGGGUCCUUACGAGACGUACGAAGGCUCACCUGUCAGCAAAGGCAUCCUCCAGUACGACAUGUGGGAGAAGACUCCCACCGACAUGUGGGACUGGAAGCUGCUGAAGGAGAAGAUCGCCAAACACGGCGUGAGGAACAGCCUGCUGCUGGCCCCCAUGCCCACGGCCUCCACCGCUCAGAUCCUGGGCAACAACGAGUCCAUCGAGGCCUACACCAGCAACAUCUACACCCGCAGGGUCCUCUCCGGAGAGUUCCAGAUCGUCAAUCCUCACCUUCUCAAGGACCUGACGGAGCGGGGGCUGUGGAACGAGGAGAUGAAGAACAAACUGAUCGCCAACAACGGAUCCAUUCAGGAAAUCGGUGAAAUUCCAGACGAUCUGAAGCAGCUUUAUAAAACCGUUUGGGAGAUUUCCCAAAAGACUGUGCUAAAGAUGGCUGCAGACCGUGGCGCCUACAUAGAUCAGAGCCAGUCUCUGAACAUCCACAUCGCAGAGCCCAACUACGGGAAACUGACCAGCAUGCACUUCUACGGCUGGAAGCAGGGUUUGAAGACGGGAAUGUACUACCUGAGGACGAAGCCCGCCGCCAACCCCAUCCAGUUCACCCUGAACAAGGAGAAGCUGAAGGAGACGCAGCAGAGCAAGGCCUCUGAGGAGGAGGAGCUGAAGGAGAGGAACAAAGCAGCCAUGGUUUGCUCUCUGGAGAACAGAGACGACUGCGUCAUGUGUGGAUCUUAGAUUAACUCCUUCCUGUAAACAUGGCUGCUGUGACUGGAAGGUCGGGCCGUGCUUUAUGGUAGAAAUGCUUCCUGGACUCUUUUCACUUGGGUGGACUUCUAAUGUUUAUGGGGUGGAUUUCAUCCACGGCAGGUUUCCCUUCAUUCAAAUAGUGUAAGAUACUCAUUUUUAUGUCUGCAAUCAAAAAAUAAUAAAUAAAAAUAA